AUGUUACAACAAGAGAGUAAGAGUUUGCACGCGAGCUUACAGUCAUUGCAGAGUGACUUUGACGACCGCUCUCAAUUCAUUCGUGGAGAUUUUGCGUGGCGCAAACAAAUCACUGCUUUCCACGACCGACUUCAAGAUGUACUCACGAACCAGCUCAACGAUGUCGCCACCAAUGUCAGUAAACAUGCUGCACACGUAGCAGAUAGUUUGGCGCAGACUCUGGCCAAGGUUGAGCGCGAUGGGCAACGUGCUGUCCACCAGCACGAGCAGAUAGGAGAGGCGACGUUACGUCGAGUGCGCACCGCCUCGACCAAGGAGGUAGAGCGGGUAGCGCGAUUGGAAAACGCCAGUUAA